UCUAUUGAAGAAAAAUGUCCACCUUUCUGGUAAUAUUUUUUAUUUUGAUACAUUGGAAAGCCUGUAGUGGAAUAUUUUUAAUAGGUACGAGAGUACAUGGGAGUCAAUUUCCUUGGCUUAUUCAGUUUAAAACGAUUGCUCCGUGCGGUGGCAUUUUAGUCUCUCCUGAUUGGGUACUCACUGCAGCGCAAUGUGUUCAAACUGAUCGACAAUCAAUUUCGCUCCAAGCUGUUGGUUUAAACGGAACAGGGUCUAUCCAAGUAAUAAGACUAUUGCAUGCAUACAUUCAUCCCGAAUAUAAAGUUCAGUUUCAUGACCAUGACCACAAUAUCGCUCUAAUCAAAUUAGUGAAACCCUUUGAUUUGUGCGAUUCAAAAGUGCGUUUUAUGGAUAUAGCGCCUACUAGGCUCGAUGACAAUUACAAGUCCUGUUUGAUAUUUGGCUGGCAAAGCUAUGUGGGGCCAUCAUUAAAAGUGUUUGCGAAACCAAUUCAGUAUAGUCAAGUAGUACUAAAUUCGUGGAAAUACUGUAUUUACAUACAUGGGGGAAACGCAAGUUUGUCCAACGUUUUCUGUACAAUGGUCGAAGCUGAUGGAGACAUGAAAGCAUGCGCUGGAAAUCCUGGAACGCCGGUUGUAUGCGAGGAUCAGCACCAAAGAAUGGUUUUACUGGGAAUUGCAUCCUGGACAAAGUUUUCAUUGGACUGUGGCGGACUGCCCUCAUAUCUUAGCGUUAGUAUAUUCAGAUCGUGGAUAUAUGAGUUAAUAAUCCGUGUGAAGGGACCAGAGGCUCGUCAAAAAUUUCAAAUUAGAAGAGAAAAUUGCAAGAAUGAACUGCAAGUCGGUGUUUACAUGGACAACGUUCAGAAUAACACUCAAUUAUUAGAAUCCAACAAGAAAUAUCACUUUGGUGAAGUAUCAGAGUUACUAGAAAAGACUAUAAAACUGAAUCCUAUGUUAGAAUUAGAAAAUGCUUCAACGAAAGAAGUCGCAGAGCAAUCGAUAAUUUCGCCUAACCCUAUGAAUGAGACUCUGUUAUUCGAUGACGUUAAUGAUUACAGAAUACUUUUAAAUAAUGAAGAUGACAUUCUGAUCGGGAACAUCAAGGAAAGAGAAAAAAAUAUUCGACAAUAUCAAGAAAUUGACCCAAAAAGAGAAGGUGUGGAAACAAUGAGUAGUUCAGCAGAGCACAGUAAACCAAAGUAUGUGAAGAAACCUCACUUGAUAGAAAUAAAAGAAGACCAUACUGAAACAAUUGAGACUCCAGAUGACUUAGAGGAUCUUUUGCCAUUUACUUUUGAGGAAAAUCGUUCCAAUGCUUCUGUAAAUCUUCUUUUUUCCAAAUAUAUUUUAAUAUUUUAUCUAACAUGUUUAUACAUUUUGUGCAGAUAGGCUUUUUUGUAAAA